ACUGGUACAUGUGUCCCUUUCCAUCUGCCCUGUGGAAUCCUGCAGUCAUUUGUUUUGGAGUCAUGGGGAUCAUGGACGUCUUGCUCCAGUCCUGGAGUCUGGUGGCACUGCUGACAGCUCUGACGGUCUGGCUCGUCUACAGUUUCCAAAAUCAGAGGAAGGAACCUCCAGGACCCAUGCCGCUGCCUUUGAUAGGAAAUCUGCUGCAGCUGGACGUGAAGGCGCCCUACAACUCACUGAUGGAGUUGUCCAAAAAAUAUGGAGAAAUCUUCACCGUGUAUCUGGGAACCAAAAAAGUGGUGGUCCUCACAGGAUACAAGGCAGUGAAGGAAGCACUUGUGACCUUCGAUGACGUGUUUGGAGAACGAGAUCCUCCAGCAUUUAUGAAUGACUACUCCCAAGGACACGGGGUUAUAUGGGCCAACGGCGACUCGUGGAAAGAAAUGAGGCGCUUUUCUCUGAGCAACCUGAGAGACUUUGGCAUGGGCAAGAAGAUCUGCGAGGACAAGAUCAUUGAAGAAAGCCACCAUCUUAUUGAGGUUUUCAACCAAUUCAAAGGAGAAGCUUUUGAUACGACUCAGCCAAUGAACUAUACCAUCUCCAACGUCAUCUCUUUAUUCGCCUUUGGCAGAAGAUUUGAAUACGAUGAGCCUGAGUUCGUCUCUAUGAUGGAGGGAAGCGUCAGGAGAAUUGAGCAUCUGGGUUCCCCUUCAGUACAGAGGUACAACUCCCUCCCCCGGUUGUUCAGAUGGGCCGUUGACUUAGGGCCGGCGCAAGCCGCGAUUCGGAUCAACAAAGAAAACCUGUGGGCCAUCAUCAACCGCCUCAAAGAGAUGUUCGACCCACAGGCGUGCAGAAGCUUCGUGGACGCGUUUCUGCUCCAGCAGCAGAAGCUGGCGAAAUCCGGUACAACCAACCGUCACUUCCACAGCGACAACCUCCUGAACACAGUGUCAAACCUGUUCGCUGCCGGGUCCGAGACGACCUCCACCACUCUGAGAUGGGGAUUGCUGUUCAUGACCAAGUAUCCCAAGAUACAAGACCAGGUCCAGGAGGAGCUGAGGAGGGUUGUAGGCAUUCGCCAGGUGCAGCUGAGUGACAGGAAAAGCCUGCAUUUCACCAAUGCUGUCAUCCAUGAAGUCCAGAGACUGGCCAACCUCACUCCCCUGGCACUUCCUCACAAAACCACUCAAGACAUCAGUUUUCAUGGGUAUUUCAUCAAGAAGGGAACCACAGUGUGUCCUCUCCUCAUGUCCGUCCUGUACGAUGAGACGGAGUGGGAGCGUCCGCGCUCCUUCCACCCUGCACACUUCCUGGACGCCAACGGAGAGUUUGUCAAGAGGGACGCCUUCAUUCCUUUUUCUGCAGGUCGGAGGAUUUGUCUCGGGGAGGGUCUGGCCAGGAUGGAGCUCUUCAUCUUCUUCUGCACCCUCCUGCAACACUUUCGCUUCACUCCCCCACCUGGAGUUUCAGAGGACGACCUGGAUCUGACGCCGCAUCCCGGCUUCACCCUCGCCCCCUUACCUCACAAGCUGUGUGCCGUCGCCUUGUAGAGAAGACGCUACGUUUCUUCUUAUUUUAAAAGCUUUGUUGCAACAAAAGAUUUGAUUGAUCCAAAUGUUUGAAUGACAGAGCAAUAUGUUUAAUAUAAAAGCUGCACAUUUCUCAGUUGAAAGAAUAAACCUACGU